GGUUCUAUUUGUGCUGGCUCUUGUCCUCUUCUGGUUCUGGUUCUGGUCCUAGUCUUACUGAUUCUUGUCCCGGUCCCAGUCCACCUAAGCCCCAGUGUGCGUGGAGCAACGGUGUUGUCCUCCAGCUCGGUAUUUUCAUCUCGCAGCCGUUGCAGUGGGAUGAAGGAGAAUUUGUCCACAUCCUGAACACCAAUUGGUUAAAAAACAAAACAAAAAAAAAAAACCUUGAAGGAAAAGGGGACGAGCUGCGACUCGAGGAUCCGAGAAGACGAUGAGGGUUCGUUGGAUGUUGCUUUUCGCAACAGCUGCAACGAUCCUGAUGAACACGACCAUUCUGCUUUGGAAAGUGGAAUGGCUGGUCAAACACUCCAGUGACGUGUCAUCAUCUGCAGCUUCGCAAUCGCGGCCACCACAAAUCGGGCAUGACAACGUUGUCGACAGGGCGGCAUUUUUUAUUAGCACGGGAGAACCGCAGGAUGAACACGAUGGACGUGGGUGGUUUGGGCAAACGGAGGAGAAGGAAGAGGAGCAGCAGCUGGAGGAGGAGAAGGUAUUAGAGGGACCUGAUAGCCAAGAAUCGGACGAGGCUCUCAGCACAUCUAGCUACUACUUCGAUUUUGACGUGAAGCUGACCGGGAGACCGAUUCCGGAAAAGUAUCCAUUAGAACUUCCAGUCAUAACGUCAUUUGCAUCGUCAGAUCUUAUGGAUACUGUUCGAAAUUUUGUCGGCUCUGUUCACCACUGGCACCCCGAAGUGACAGUCCAUCUUUACCAGAUCAGCGAGCUCACGGUCCGCGAGAAAUCAGAGAUAUCUACGUGGAGCAAAGUUGAGCUGUUCCCGGCAACAGACGUCCUUCUCACCCUUUCCAAUGACCGAUCAAUUCCUUCCUCCAAAGGUAUAUUGCACAAACUUCGCCAUAGCCUCCUGUCCUCCCCCUCCUCGCCAUCCUCCUCUUCCUCCUCAGAUCCUAGGAUCUCGACAGUGGUGAGCGCUGCUUCGGCAAAAGGCACUGUUGUGUUGGGUGAUAAUUCCUCUUCACUGCUGAAUGAGCACUUAGUUAUAGGGAUUGAGUCAAAAGUUGGCACGUCUUCCCGGCCAAUUGAGCAAAAUGCCGUGUCAUUGGGAUUGGACCUCGGGGCAACCACCGCUGCACUGAACUCAAUCCACAAUCCACGUCCAGAGUCGGGUAAGCUUCAAGAGGGACCACAUGGUCUGACGGAACGACAACCUUCUUCUUCUUCAGCUAGUAAGCUAGAAAGGGGAGGAAGCCAUAGCGGAGAAGGGGGCUCGAACGCACUUGGGGAAGGAACAGAACACAACAGGUACACACAUGAUGACCUCGCCUCGAUUGCGAUUUCUUCUGGUUUUUCGAAUGGCACACCUCUUUCUCAAUAUGAUGAUGAUGAGGAGGAGGAGGAGGAGGGGCAAAGGGAGGACGAUGGGCAGGGGGAGGAGGUGGUGAACAGGAAGCAAAUGUCUGUUGCACAGUCCGGAACAGCUGACGUCCUGCUGUUGGGCUCAGAUAGAGGGGCAGCGACGAGCGAGCUUAACGAGCAUGCUAGAUUAAGUGUAAGUUCGGCCGAGAAGUUGCAUCGGCUUCCAACAGGCAGAACUGCUGAUCUAGCUGCUCUUUCCGUAGCUGUGGAUCAGGUACUCGGAUGGAUUCCCUUAGCCUUAUACCAUGCGUGCUCAACGCUACCAUCGAGUAAACCAGCUUGCCUAUUUCUGGACCCCUCGACGUACAUAGAUGGAUGGAUUGACAAUGUAUUCAAGGCUCUAAUGAGGGACGGGUCGUAUUUCCUAUGCCGGGAGGAUGAUCACUCCACUACUCCCAACAAUUUGGACGCGAGGAGCAGGAGCAGGGGAUGUUUCGUUGGUGUUCAAGGCUUUGUCAAGGGCAUGAAGCCGUUCGAGAACCUUCUGUCCAAGCAUGUCCAAUGUGCGUUGCAAGAAGAUUGCAGUGAGAGCAACAGCAGGAGGAAGACCAGCAACACCACAGGGUCCCUCGUGGCACAUGCAUUACUAGGAAAUGGAAAUGGUGGCAAUGUUGGCAUUCACAACCAUAACAAUGAUGAUCAUGAUGACGACGACGAUAGUGAUCACCGCCAGAAGUGGACGGAACAGGAGAUGUUGAUGGAGGAGGGCCAUGCCACCCCAACCCCAAACCCAACCCCUGACAACUGGUGGGGUGUUUCCCCGGACAGUGAACUGAGUGUUUCAUGCCAUGCUAGAUCUCAGGCUUCCAUCACGAUUGCCAACAGCGACAGGCACUCCAUACUACUAGCUGAGAAGGACGAACGUGCUCGUCGCCCCGCUCUGCAAAUGCACAAGGACCAUCGGCAGCUACAGACACACCACGAGUUUCACGCAAGAACCGUGAUUGGCUAUGGUCAGGAAGUCGGUAGCAGUCUUGAGCUUGCUGAUGAGGAGGAUUGGGACGGUGAUCUGGAUGAAUUGGAAGGGGGAACGACAGCUGGGACAACCGGUAGACGCCACGUGCCGGGGAACAGCAUGCUAUCUCCACCGUCUGUGACGGGCCAAGGGAGCCAUCUCCCCCUCUUUUCUUACUCUUGCAGCCUCGUACUCAGAGAAGAUGUGCCCGGAGAAAUCGACUACCAGUCUCCGUUGCCUGAUCGCAUUAAUCUGGGGUCGGUACCUGUGGAUAAAAUCAUUCAUUUAGCUGUCGGGAUCGCGUCCACAACAUGGGGGUCCCAUUUGGUUAGCGCGGACUCUCUGCCACUUCUAAACAUCUUGCUGCCGUCUCUUCUUGCCAACGUCGACCGCAACUCUGACCGGUACCUGUACGUGCUUUACCUCGGCUAUGAUGUUGCAGAUGCUGUGUUCGGAGAUCAGCAGAACAUGCUUCUCCUGCGCGCACGCGUCAAUGCUCUUAUACAAGGCUAUCCUGUGGCCUUCAAGACUGUUCGGUUUCCCUGCUCAAACAGACCAACGUUUGUGUGGAACGGGCUGUUUGGAAUAGCUAUGGAGGAAGGAGCAGACUACUUCUUCCAGGCCCACGAUGACACGGAGUUUACCCUGCCCAGAGUUCCGGAUUGGCAGUGGGCGGAUGCUCUUGUGAGGGCCCUAAGGUCAAACCCCUUGUGGGAGAACCUGGGGGUCGCAGGCCCUUUUGAUGUCCGCUCCCCGAGGGCCAUCUCGCAUUGCUUCGUUCAUCGAACCCAUAUGGACAUUUUCGGCGGUCUAUUUCCCACCUCCCUGGGGAACAAGGAGCAUGAAGAGUGGGUCAGCAGAGUGUACGGCUACAAAAAUACCUUCCUACUCAGGCAAUUGCCCGUGAACAACUGGGAGAAAUUCUCGGGGAGAGCACAGCAAUGCGGAAAGUUGGUACGGGUGCGUAGGAUACAGAGAGAGAUCAGAAAAAGUGCGGACAAGAUUAGGGCGUGGGUCUAUCACCAAGUGGGGCGAUACCAUCAGGGAGGGGAGGAAAUAGGCCACCUUUUCGUGAGCUUAUAGUCCAAGGUGGCCGUACCCGGAGGCGCUGCAUAUCAGAUGGCUCCCGCCAGUGGCCCUGGUGAGAGUCUUGGAAGUGAAAACGACACUCUUCGGUAUACCAAUGGAGAAUG